AUGACACAACACCGCCUGCUAAUUAUGGUUCCACCUCAACAUUGCUCUUCGAUUCCGAUCAACCUCGGUUUCAGAAUAAAGAGGUCACCUCGGCUUCACGCCUUUUCCUAUCGAAAACUAGAGACAUCUCGUCACAAUCUUGCUUCUCCACCUCAUCUCCACGAUGAAUCACCUCGUAGCGUCACUCGCUUAGAUGUAAAAGAACUCAACCUUGCCGCGACCGAGGCAAAGUAUCCAAGCAAUCCCAACACCUCGGCUCUCCGACGUGAGUUCACCCAAUUACGGCUUCGUCUCUUCUUUCCGGCGCCCUUUCACGUCGACGUCGAACCAAUUCGCUUUGUUUCCACUUUCAACCUCGGUUUCGAGAAGAUGACUAUUCUCGUCUCUCCUCACCUCGGCUCACACUCUUCGCCUCGUCUCUUAUCUAUCUCGUCAACAACAAACCCGUCUUGCCUCAAAAUUCACCUCGGCUCGCAGUCGCUAUGA